GAGUUCAAGUAGCCUGGAUAUAUUAAAUUUGAGUGAGAAAAUGAAAAAUUGAAAAUAAUGAAGGUACAAGUUAUGUUAGGUGAAAAAUGGAUGUAAUAACGUUCGGGAUCAUAGUGGGAAUAAUCGUGCUGUUUCUAAUAAUCGUUUGCUACAUCACCAUAGAAGGCACCUGCAAAUCACGCUCCUAAUCCUUCUCAUGGCAUUGCUUCACUCAUUACUCUUUGCGGCUCUCACUCUUCUCUUUUCUUUGGAUCUGGCUACUGCGCAUCAGCAUCAGCCUCACUCCCAUUCUUCCGCCUCCUUCUGUGCCCACGGCCAUGACCACAACCACGACCAUGACCAUGACCAUGCUCAUCAUAACCACAAGCUUCCCGAGGAGUUGGCGGAGGAGGAAGAUAUGAAGCUUUAUGGCUUUGGGUAUCCUCAUGACCACGGCCAUGAUCAUGGCCAUCAUCAUCAUCAUGGGCAUCUGCACCACCACCAUAUUGAGGUCACAGAGCUAUCUGGUUUAGGCCUUUGGUUGAAUGCGCUGGGCUGUUCAUUUCUCGUGAGCAUGGCUUCCCUUGUCUGCCUCAUUAUCCUCCCUUUAAUCUUUUUGCAAGGGAAACCAUCCAAGGCCGUUGUUGAUUCUUUGGCUUUAUUCGGGGCGGGAGCUAUGUUGGGGGAUGCCUUUCUUCACCAGUUACCGCACGCAUUUGGUGGUGAACACUCCCAUUCUCAUGGGGAUCAUGAUCAUGAUGAUAGUUCUAGCCAUGGCCAUGGACAUGGACAUGCACAUUCUAUAGCUGAUCUUUCUACAGGAAUGUCCAUCCUAGCUGGAAUUGCACUCUUUCUUCUUGUGGAGAAAGUAGUGAGGUAUGUUGAAGAAAACUCUGGAGGAGCUAGUUCAUGGACACAUGGACACCACCACCAUAAUCACAACAGUAAGAAAAAGUUGAAGGAUGAUAGCAACUCAAAUACAAAAGAAGAGAAAUUUCUAGAUGAAGGAAAAGAUUCCAAACAGGUAUCCAAUGACUUGAAAGAAGAUAAUCCAGCUCAAUCUGAAUCAUCACUAAGAAAGAGAACUGGUGGCAAAGCAACCAAAGGCAAAAGCGACAAUGUCAAGGCUAGUGCUGUAGGUAGCUCCACAACCAAAUCCUCAGAUGUUAAGGAACCCAUUAGACAACCAUCAAGUCUUGUGUUUGGCUAUCUCAAUCUGUUCUCUGAUGGAGUUCAUAAUUUCACCGAUGGAAUGGCACUAGGAAGUGCAUUCUUGCUUUAUGGAUCUGUUGGCGGUUGGUCUAGAACUCUGUUUUUGCUUGCACAUGAGCUUCCUCAAGAGGUUGGUGAUUUUGGCAUUCUAAUAAGAUCUGGUUUCAGCAUACCAAAAGCUUUGUUCUUCAACUUUCUAUCAGCACUUGUAGCACUUGCAGGAACUGCAUUGGCUCUUCUCUGGGGGAAAGAUCCUGGACAGUCAUCUCUGAUUGAGGGAUUUACAGCAGGUGGAUUUAUAUAUAUUGCAAUAGCUGGUGUGCUUGCAGAAAUGAAUAACAAUGGGAAAACAACAUUGAGAAGUACAGCAGUCCAAAUUAUCUCGCUGGCAAUGGGAAUGGCUGUUGCCCUUGUUAUUUCCCUUGUAGAAUGAAUGAGGAAUUUAAAUUAUCAUUUAUUCUUGAUGUGCCAAUUAUUUUCAGAAAAGGUAUAUGCAAAACUGUGUCUAGAAAUGAUUUUCAUUAUUCUCUGCUAAAAUGGUGGACCCGGAAAAGCUUGUAGGAGGAACUGGAAGAAAAUGAUAGAUCAAACAGAAUGGUCAGGGCUUAUGCUUGAAAUGAUUCCUUUCUCCCCAGCUGAGUGAAGCCUUGUAUAGUAGAGAUGCUCCUUUAAUGAUACUAGCCGUAGCACAAGCUCUUUGUCUUUGUCAGAUUAUGUUAGCUUGUAACAUUCUUCUUUUUCUUUCUUUUGAGCUGUAUAGCAGUCAAAAUGCUUUCCUCUUUCUUAUACACGUGAGUUAAAACGUUGGGUUUGUCUUA